AUGACUACUGGGGAGACCGGUGCAGGAUGUCUUCCUGGCAGCGAGGAUCUGGUGGAGCGAUAUGACACUCGUUUCACUCGCGAAAAUCGUCCCAAAUUCAUGUUCGAGGAUGGUACUGAUGAGGACACUGAGGAUGAAAAUCUCGGCAUUCAGCCUGUCCGACGUGCCAAGUCCAAGAAUCCUAAUGUCAUCAAGACGACACCUAAAGAAAGCCCCCAAGACUUGCCCCCCACCGUUGCAGAGAGUCCUCAAGACUUGCCUCCAAUUGUUGCAAAGACUCCUCAAGACUUGCCUCCAACUGUUGCAGAGACUCCUCAAGACUUGCCCCCAACCGUUGCAGAGACUCCUCAAGACUUGCCCCCAACCGUUGCAGAGACUCCUCAAGACUUGCCCCCAACCGUUGCAGAAAGUCCUCAAGACUUGGUUCAAGAGAACAAUGAGCCCAUGUCUCAAGAAUCGCCUGAAAACAAUCAAGAUACCAACUCUGGAGACUUUGCGGGUAACGAGAGUUCCGAGAGUGACCAACCUCCUACUCCUGUUGAGCCGCGCCGUUCCCUAAGAACUCUCCAUCGAGAAUCUGCUAUUUGCGAUGAGAUCGACGAAGUUGGCAUUGGUAGCUUUAUCUACCCCUCCUCCCGCAUCAGUGUUCGACUGGUGAAAGCGCACCCUUCCAACUCCCAACACUACUUGGGCCUUCAAUUGUCCAUGCCCCGUUCUGAAGACGUCGGAAGCGGAACCUGGUAUGCAGGCAAUCACCCCGAUAGCUUGGCCACAUCCAACAAGUUCACACUUCUCUCAAGGUACCCCCCUGGUACUGCAGUCAUGGUCUAUCGUACGCACGACAAAGACUUUGAAAAAAUGAAAGGUCUUGUUUCUCACCAUAACGGAAAGAACGAUUUUGCAUUCAUUGCUAUUUGCCUUCCUGAAAACGAGUAUCCAACCAUUGAAGGCGUCGGGCCUUUUAUUCCGCAACAUGCAGAACAUGGUCGUUACCUAGACCAUGACGACUUGGUUGAAGGAAAGGAACGUCUGAGUAGAAUACUUUUCCGACGCGAGCUUAUUCUUGUCACUCGUGUAAAGCAUAUGAAAGAGCUUUUGCCCUUCCUAACUCUUGACAACUUCAACUCAACACCCUUUGACUAUGGCUAUGGGGUUCGAGAGCAUCGAUGGGAUGACAAAGUCUACAAAAAGGUAAUCGAGGCUAACUACGGGAAGCCCUUCCCUACGAUUACCCGUUAUGACAAUUCUGAGCUCCUUGACACGGCGCUGGAGAUGAUGCACGUCCAAGAUGUGUUUGAACAUCGGAGGGACUUGGGUGCCCUGUGCGAGGACCGCCACCCCUACUGGUUCAACACCAAUGCGGAUACCUUAGCUCGCUCCAUCAAAAAGCCAGGCAGUCGAUAUCGCGUUCAUCUCUACUGCCCCGGCUUUGACAAUACAUCCUGGGGUAGUGAGGAGGAGAUACCUAUUUCCAGUAUGGAAAAUCCCACACCAGCGGAGCAGUUCAAUCAAGAUUGCAACGCCGACAAUGAGAAUGUUGAACAGGGAGACUCUAAGUCAUCUCUGGACUCUCAGCACUCCGUCUGGGAUGCGAUCACCCUGCCCUCCACUUCAUCGUACUUGGAAGCUGUCGAUCAGAGUGGGGCCAUCCCUGUAAGCCUGAAGCGGAAGAAUGAGAAGGAUGGAGGCUACAAACCGGAAUUUGCAGAUUCAUAUGCCGACGCCAUGAAACUUCCUCUCUCCAAGAUAGGCACUGCUGCAUUCUUCUGCCACUCAGGCGUCAGAAGUGAGUCACAACGGGUAUCAGCCGUUCAUCGACUACGCCGCGAGGCUCAAACGUGGCCGUUGACCGGUGAUGCCACUACCAGGCAAAAGAUCAGGCAGUUCUUUACCGGAAAAGGCCUAGAUGUUCCACUACCAACUACUCUUGACCUCGAGAGCGACGAAGCUAUCCCGAUGCCAACUGUCCCAACUUUCAAUCUCCUGGGCGUUGAUAUCGACCCAGCUGUUCUUCGACAGUGCCUCGACCUCCUGGACCCGGACGAUAAAGAUCGCUUCCAACAGUAUUUCUCCAAGAUGUUCUUCAGCAUGGCAGUCAUCUCAGCCCCGGCUGGCUCUGGAAAGUCCCAUAUCACUGCGGUGAUUGCCUCCAUUCUUGGGCUCAGUGAAAGCCAUUCUCAGUGCAUCGUUUCCGCUCCUUCGAACAUCGCAUGCGACAAUAUCGAGGAACGAAUCUCUGGCAUGGCUCAAGGACUCGUGGAGAAGUUGUCGCAAGGAGACCCCCAGCUUCGUAUCCCAAUGUCGGUGCGUGGCUUUGCAAUUCACAAGGAGGCUGGGAAGCUCAUGUCGCUGCUCCGUGGCCAUGCUAUCAAAGAAGACAAUGAGCUAGAUCCUUCCCCUUGGAAGUUUCGCCAUUCUCUCUGUUGGUGGACAGCACGCGCUCUUGGUAUUGAACUAGAGGGCGUCGAGCAGCUGGAUGUUGAUAGAGAGAACGAAAACUUGGUCAAGCUUUAUACAGAGCUUCAAAGCCUCGCGGACACUGGUCCCUCAUGCCCCCCAGAUGAGGUCGGUGAAGGCAGCGAAGACGACGAAGACGACGAAGACAUUCCUGAUCCCGAGGUCGAGAUUACGACGAAGAAGACAUUUGAGGACUUCACCGCUCUCGUCCAGAUCGCCCGCAAGACCAUGACUUUCACUGAGUAUGAAGAGAGUCAGAAAGCCCAGGCAAAGAAGGUCGCGCUGCGCAACGAUAUCGGUCGCUUGAUGCGUGAGGUUGUCCGAUGCGCAAACUUUGUGACAGUGACACCGGCUAUGGCAGGUACUCAGCCCUACAAAAGCUUCAACGCCUCGCAUGCCCAGGCGGCCUUGUUCGAUGAGGCGGCGGCCAUGCAUCGGACGGAUGGACUCAUGGUGUAUGGAAACUCUAUGCGGCCCAUCUUCGCUGUCGGAGACGAGAAACAACUCCCCCCAACACUCCUAACAAUGGGGGAAAUGUAUCCGGACGGUACCGCGGUCAACCGCUUCGGGCAGGACGCCAAACUUUCUUGGCUAUCUUGGCUCCUACACCUGAAGAUCCCGGCCUUCCAUCUUUACAAGCAGCACCGAAUGGCACAGGGAAUGUUUGAUUUGUCGCUUCGCCUCACUUAUAGCCAUUUGGAAACUCGGUUCUCGUAUGGUGCGUCGGCUGCGUUAGAGAACUAUCCCUUCGCCAGCGCUAUCCGUGAAUUUCUAGUCGACCACGACGGACUGGAGCUACCCCCGGACACAAUGUCUCCUGUCUUUGUGAACUGCAAGGAAUGCCCUUGCCGCAUUGAUGGCAUCACAAAGUCAAAACACAACCCACGUGCAAUCGCAUGCAUGAUGGAGUGGCUUGAAGACUUUGUCAAGGCGGUUCAGUUCCCCGCCGAUCGCAUCGUCGCCAUCACGCCCUACCGUUCCAACCUAUGGCAUAUUCGUGCUGAAUUGGCCUCCAGCACUCUCCUCAAGGAUGUCCAGGCUGCGACCAUUGAUUCUUAUCAGGGUCGAGAAAACGAUAUGGUAGUCCUGUGCCUUGCGGUGGACAAAAGCACUGGUCCAUGCUUCACUGCCCAACCUCAGAGACUCAACGUUGCUACAAGCCGCCAUAAACUAUUCUUGGUCAUCUUCGGGGAUAUUGAAACAUCGCAGGCGGCCGACACUACCCAGGUGCCCAGCACGUCCCAGUCCAUACAGGCGACUGCUGAAGGUGGAGCAAAGACCCAUAUCAGGUCUGACAUGUUCAACUCUCUCAUCAACUGGUUCAAAGAGAAGAGCCGUGUGGUCCACGUGCAGGGGGAUCCGUCUAUUGACCCUGACGAAGAAUUCCACGGGGAGGGAGAUGCCUUCAUGGCCGUCCCCGCUACGCAAGAGGGCACAGACGAGUGGGGAAACCCCAGGCUGGAGAAUCUUACCCAUGGAUGGAACGUUCCCGACCCAAGCGGUGCUUCCGGCGGAUCUGGAGAGCCCGACCCAAGCGGUGCUGGCAGCGGACCUGAAGAGCCCGACCAAGCGGUGCUGGCAGCGGACCUGGAGAGCCCAAGGCAGAUGGUGCUGGCAGCGAAUGGCCAGGGCCUGACCCACUGGUUGGAGGCUGGUAAUUCCUUUCCUAACGUGUAUGAAUGGUAUGUUCCUCAACCUGGCACUUGA